GUUAUUUUCAGCCACACUACUGUGAACGUCUCCGUUUCUGUUUGUUUUUGGACAAAAUAUAUAGUACAAGUAGAAGAAAAGAAAAUAGACAAUUUCACGGUCCAGAAUUUGAGGACACACACACUCUCACUGUGUGUAUUUUCAGUGAACAACAGAAAAUGUGAUUACCAAAGUACGACUGUAUGCUGGGCUGUCACAAUAUUUUUAUUUUUUUGGGAUCUUUUUUAUUUUCCUUCCUUUUUUUCGAUUUCUUACUACGUUCUUCUUAUCAUCACAUUCGAAGAAUAGAAUACUACCUUAAAUAAAAUACUAAUUUUAAAUGCACAGAUUACAGAGAGAGAAAAGUUCACAAAGAUUCAGUUACAGAAACAAAAAGGGGAUUUCCUUUUACUGAAUCCAUGGGAGGGGGAUGUUUUGCUUCUUCUUUUCUUUUCUUAACUGAUUCUGGUUCCCUGUAAUUUCCGGGACACAGCUGAUUGUCCCUUUUCUUCAACAAUUUGAAGAUUUUUGUUUUUUAAGUAGUGCUACUUCAUCAAUGGAGUUCCCUUUGCCAGUGCAACAAAAACCAUUGAAUUGCAGCAGGACCCUUUUCAAGAUUAAGCCUUUUCUGGGAUUCUUGCCUCAUGGAAGCACCAGUCUAUCAACAUCCCAAUGUUCUUCAUGGAAGGAGGACCAUUUCUCUGCUCGGUGUUCAAAACGAAUCACUGCAAGUGCGGGUUGGUUGGUUGGUGGUUUAUUUGUUUGAUUUUGAAUGUUCUUACUAUCUUCCAACUUUUAUGAUUUUCUGUUUCCUUUUUUUUUACAUAUAUGCCUUCUGAAGAUUUUUCCCGGAGAAAACCAAGAAGAAUACCAACUCCCAAAACACCAGACAGUAAUCCAAAGGGAUUCGCACCCAGAUCACAGGUAGGGACAAACACCCAGAGAAGAGAUCAGAAGAACACUGGGGAGAAAGAAGGCUCCGAUGACCUGCUGCCAAAGGACAAUGCGGUGGCUAAUAAAAAGACAAUUGAAGUGAGACAAGCCAGUCAAGAGGAGAUUGACAUUGUGGAAACUAAGGGAGAAGGUGAAAGUGAAACUGCUCCUGUUGUUGCUGAUCAGAGGGAAUUGACAGAAAAUGGCACAAUUGGCCUAGUUCAGAAGGACGCAAGCCCGACAAACGAAGUUGAAGCAGCUGGAAUCGAAAGUGAUAUUGAUGAUCAUUUGAGUAGAAUAUCAUUAGAAAAUCAGGGGUUUGAUUCUCUUGUAAAUAAUGCGCCAGAACCUGCUCAAAUUGGUGAAUCUCAGCCAGUAAAAUCUGAGGUAGUUGAAAAGGAACAGAGUGAUGACUCUUCUCUUAGGUUAAAGUUGGAGAAGGAAGCUGCUUUACGUAAGCUGACUCUAGAGAGGCUUGCUGAGGAUAAUUUUCUGAACAAGAACAAAAUAUUCUACUACCCUGAGGUCGUCAAACCUGAUCAAGAUAUAGAAGUGUUUCUGAAUAGAAGUUUAUCGACUUUAAUUGAUCAACCGGAUGUCAUGAUCAUGGGUGCAUUUAAUGAUUGGAAGUGGAAAUCAUUCACUUCAAGCUUAAACAAGACUGAUCUGCCAGGGGAUUGGUGGGUUUGCCGGGUCCAUGUCCCUAAGGAAGCAUACAAGCUAGAUUUUGUCUUCUAUAAUGGAAAAGAUGUCUAUGAUAACAAUGACGAUAAUGAUUUCUGCAUCAUUGUUGAUGGUGGAAUGACAGUCGCCGAAUUCGAAGACUUUUUACUCGAGGAGAAACGUAAGGAAUUGGAGAAACUUGCUCAGGAGGAAGCGGAAAGGAAAAAACGUGAAGAAGAACAAAAACGGAUAGAAGCAGAAAAAGAGGCACAUGAGGCCGAUAGAGCACAGGCUAAAGUGGAAGCUGCAAAGGGUCGGGAAAGUUUGAAAGAGUGGGUAAGAAAGGCGGUUAGGUCCGUUGAUGAUGUCUGGGACAUAGAACCUAUUGAUUUUAAAGGCGGGGACAAGGUCAGAUUGUUUUAUAAUAAAAGCUCCGGCCCUUUGAUACAUGCUAAGGAGGUUUGGCUUCAUGCUGGGUAUAAUAAGUGGAAGGAUGGCCUCUCUACCAUCAUAAAGCUUGUCAAAGAUAACAAGAGAGUGGGGGACUGGUGGUUUGGGGAAGUUGUUGUCCCUGAUCGAGCCCUUGUCUUGGACUGGGUUUUGGCUGAUGGUCCACCUAAGCAAGCAACGCUCUACGACAACAACCGCUCGCAGGAUUUUCACGCCGUUGUUCCACGACGCAUCGCUGAGGAUCGCUAUUGGUCUGAAGAAGAGAACCUACUUUACCAGAAACUUCAAGAGGAGAGACGAUUGAGAGAGGAGGCUAUUCGUGCCAAGGCAGAGAAGACUGCAAGAAUGAGAGCCGAAACAAAGGAAAGGACUUUGAAAACAUUUCUACUGUCUCAAAAGGAUAUUGUGUACACUGAGCCUCUUGAUGUCAAGGCUGGGACUACUGUUACCAUUUUCUACAAUCCAUCCAAUACGGUCUUGAAUGGAAAGCCAGAAAUUUGGCUCAGAUGCUCAUUCAAUCGUUGGACCCACCGCAUGGGACCCCUGCCACCACAAAGAAUGUUGCCAGUUGAAGGUGGAUCUCACGUCAAAGCAACUGUCAAGGUUCCUUUGGAUGCAUAUAUGAUGGACUUUGUAUUCUCCGAAAGAGAGGAUGGUGGUGUUUUUGACAACAAGAACGGCAUGGAUUAUCACAUACCUGUUUCUGGAGGAAUCACGAAAGAACCCCCUAUGCAUAUUGUGCAUAUCGCUGUUGAAAUGGCUCCCAUUGCGAAGGUGGGGGGACUUGGUGAUGUUGUCACUAGUCUUUCCCGGGCCGUGCAGGAUUUAAACCAUAGUGUAGAUAUUAUUCUUCCCAAGUACGACUGUUUGAACACAAGCCAAGUAAAGGAUCUCCAUUAUCAAAAGAGCUAUUCGCUGGGUGGUACUGAAAUAAAAGUUUGGUUUGGGAAAGUGGAAGGCUUAUCUGUUUACUUUCUGGAGCCUCUGAAUGGAUUUUUCUGGGCAGGGUGCAUAUAUGGCCGUAACAAUGAUGGAGAAAGAUUUGGAUUCUUUUGUAAUGCAGCUCUGGAGUUUCUUUUACAAAGUGGAUUUCAUCCAGACAUUAUUCAUUGUCAUGAUUGGUCUAGUGCUCCAGUUGCUUGGUUGUUCAAAGAGCAAUACAUGCAUUAUGGCCUUAGUAAAGCUCGUGUCGUGUUUACUAUACAUAACCUUGAAUUUGGAGCACAGCUAAUUGGCAAAGCAAUGGCGCAUGCAGACAAAGCUACAACUGUCUCACCAACAUACGCUGCUGAGGUUUCUGGAAACCAUGCUGUUGCUCCUCAUCUUUACAAGUUCCAUGGUAUACUGAAUGGCAUUGACCCAGACAUAUGGGACCCAUACAAUGAUAAAUUCAUCCCAAUCUCGUACACUUCAGAAAAUGUUGUAGAAGGGAAAAAGAGUGCCAAAGAAGCUUUGCAGAAAAGGCUUGGUUUGAAAAUGGCAGACCUUCCUUUAGUAGGAAUCGUUACUCGCUUAACUCAUCAAAAAGGAAUCCACCUUAUAAAGCAUGCAAUAUGGCGCACUCUAGACCGUGGUGGACAGGUUGUAUUGCUUGGCUCAGCCCCUGAUUCACGCAUUCAGCAUGAUUUUGUCAACCUGGCAAAUCAGUUACAUUCUUCUCAUAAUGACCGGGCGCGCCUUUGCCUCACCUAUGAUGAACCACUUUCUCACUUGAUCUAUGCGGGCUCUGAUUUUGUUUUGGUCCCUUCGAUUUUUGAGCCUUGUGGACUCACCCAACUCACGGCAAUGAGAUAUGGCUCCAUUCCUGUUGUUCGUAAAACCGGAGGGCUUUAUGACACCGUGUUUGAUGUUGAUCAUGACAAAGAAAGAGCAGAAGCACGUGGAUUGGAGCCAAAUGGGUUCAGUUUUGAUGGAGCGGAUGCAGCUGGAGUUGAUUAUGCUCUCAAUAGAGCAAUAUCUGCUUGGUAUGAGAGUCGGGAUUGGUUCAACUCAUUGUGCAAGCGAGUGAUGGAGCAAGACUGGUCCUGGAACCGCCCUGCGCUUGAUUACAUGGAGCUCUACCAUGCAGCUCGAAAAUGAGAAAGAAAAAGGAAGGAUGGAAAGCUGGAGACCAGGCUCCCUGCCAAAUGACUUGUACAGUUGAGUAUAGAUCCCCCCCCAUCAAUUCGCCAAUAUACAUAUUUUCUAGUUUGGUAGAUGCUAAGAAAAAUGGAAAAAGAGAGACGCCAAGCGACAUUAGCACACAAGAAUUUAUUAGCCUUGGGGCAAAUGAUUUUGGUUUAUUCCAGCUUCAUGUAAAUUAAGAUAAUGUUUUAGAGGAAAGAAAUGAUUUUUGGGAAUAAUAGGAAUUAUCAGGAUAGAGUUGUGAAGGUGUCUCUUCACAGAAUAAAAGUAUUUUCAGUUCCUUUUUUAUUUUUUUCGGCAAUUUCUUUGGUCCCUUAUGGGUUCAAUUCAAGUGGUUAAUGUUGUUAAUCAAUAAAAAGUCCAUCCUCUCAAAAUUACUUGCAAGUUGGGCAGAAAUUGGUCUUUUGACAAAUCUAUAUACAGAUUAUAUAUCUGCGUGGAAUGCCACUUUAUAUUCGUG